CGUUGUCGCGGUAACCAUAGCGACGUGAAGCUUCCGUUGAAGUUGAGGGAAGAAGGAAAGAAACGGAAAGUUAGCUUAAAAAAAUAAAUAAAUAAAUCGGAGUAAAUAAUAAUGUCCGCGGCACAAACGCCCCGCGGUCCGAGUUCAGGAAGACGCUUCACAGCCGGCAUCCGGACAUCCGACAGCGACCGGCGGUUCCUCGAGGCUCUGCACCAGUUCAUAGAGCGCGAGAAGAAGCACCUGCGGUGUCCGGAGGAGGGCGCGGACGAGCUACGGUACACCGUCCACCGCUCCGCCUUCAACCAGGUGAUUGGACAGGUGACGGCCUAUAAGAGGCUUCUGGUGGCCAUUAAGUUGGAGUAUGAUGACACCAUCAGGGAGCUGCAGAGGAGGGAGGAGGAAGCCAGAGCGACUCGGCGAACCACGGCGGCCUCCGAGUCACGGCUCAAAUCACUGCUCACCUGUCAGAGGCGAGCCGCCCACCUGAGGGACAGGAUCUCCAGCCUUCAGAGGGAAACAGCAGAACUUCAAGAGGACAUCAAGAGAGAGAAGACGUCCAAAGAGCAGAGCACAUGGAUGCCUGGUUUGACGGUGGCUGAGUCUGAGAAUCCCGAGGCUCUGGAGAGGUACCUGAGGGACCUGGAGGCUCAGAGAGGCGCUCUGCUGGACAGAAAGAGUCAGUGCGUUCCUCUGGAGGUCAAAACCAAACUGGAUGCUGAGCUGCAGGCCGCCGAACACCGCAGAGACCGACUGAGCGCCGAGAACGACCGCCUGACAGUCCUAUACAAACGUCUGAAGUGUGUGUGGGACUGUCUGAGCAGCUGGGAGGAGGAGGGUCAGCAGGUUCCUCUGCAGGAACUCCUGGGUUCCACUCUGGAGAACAUCAGACAGGCAGAUGAGAUGGACGAGGACACCUGCGGCAUCAAGCAGCUGUUUGAGGACCAGGAGCCGACCGGAGUCGAUUCCUCCAAACUUCUGGCAGAUUACCUGGACAGGUUUCUGGAACUGUUUGACUCGGCUCAGUAUGAGGACGCCGCUCUAAUUGCUGCCAGAGCUCCUCGAGGAGUCCUGAGUAACACUGACACCAUGGAGAUGUUCAAAGGUGUGGAGGGCUUCCAGGGGUUGCUCCCCCCUCCCUUUCUCUUCUUCUGGGCCCUGCUGUUCACCGCCAGUGCCGAUGCCAAGCUGUCUGCUCCGCUCUCCCUUCAAGGCAUCUCCUGUGCCCUGCAGUGCGGCGCCCUGCAGCUCGUCACCUACGCCGUCACCCAGAAGAAGCUGACCUUCUCCGAGGAUCUGGGCGACAUCCUGACUGAGCAUGCUCAGAAGAACCCUGGCGUGGCUGACCUGUGUCUGACGUUGGCCACCAUUGUCUAUGAGGCCUGCAGGCUCAACAGGAAGGUUGCACUGAGCAUGUGCAGGAGAGGCCUGAUACACAGCGCUGCCGAGUUCCUGAACCACUGCGAGGACCUCACAGCCGAGGACUGUAUGUGGGUCCUGUGUCACUCGCCCAGCCUCUCCCUCCUCCAGCUGUUGACAGAGCCACCGCAGGACGGGGCAGCCAUCUUGUCUGUGGGCGUGGCCUGUGCGGUUCUGCUGGUGGACCCUCAGCAGCAGCUGUUAGCGCUGCAGCUCCUGGACAGCUUCAUGACCCGAGGACGAGAGGGUUUGGAGGAGGUGAUUAUGGGGGACUGCGGCGCCUCAGUGGACGUGUGGACCGACGUGGUGUCACUGUGCUCUGAGCUGAAGCGGGACGACCUGAGCAGGACCGUCCUGUCCAUCCUGCUGAGCCAGAGCGGGACCAGAAUCGUGUCCCCAGACCCAGAUGGAGCCCGGCUCGUGGAGCACAUCUACCUGUGAAAACUGGGCUUGAAGGUAGAAUUAAAGCAGCUGAAUAAUUUCUUAUUAAUAUGAACCAACGGACGGGUUCUGACAGUUUACAGGCUGUUCAUCAACUUUAACUUCAUGUUUUUUUCCUUCUUGAUGAAAUCAGGAUGUCUUACAGUUAAAUGUCAAAUUGGGAAAAGUAUCAGCCAAAAGGUACAAUUAAAAAAAAACACGUCAGAUCUGUGAAGACUGAGUUUUUUUUUUUAAAUUUGGUGUAAAUCAUAAUCGCAUCAGUUUUACUCAUCCUUGUGAUCACAUGUGAGCGCCUCAUUGCGAACUCUGAGCUUCAGCUGAAAAGACUGAAAACACAUUCACAAACUCCAACUGCAGGUAUUACGGUAUUAAAGGGUGCAGCAGCAACCUUUGGGAGGACCUCGCCUCUCUCUGAAGGAACCAGGAGGUUCCAAAGAGCACCGACUGUGGUUUAAACUGCUGAUGGAAGUCUCGAGAUGAUGUUCAUCACUCACUGCAAGAUGCUCACGUUCACAUUUGGACGUUCAUGCCAACAUUUCUAGGAUCUCUACUAACUCUACUUGUCUUCAUUCUUUUCUUCUGUAAUUUUGGCAUGAAAACAAUAAAAUAAACAAUCAGGGCAAAGU